UCCAGGGUGAAGAGAGAGGCUGGUGUUGUUCCUCCUGUACCUUCCGGGUCGGGAGGGUAGAGGACUGUAUGGCCGCGGUCAGUCAGGCUGUAUAGGGCCGUCACCUGUAGCCAGCCUGAGGGAAGGAGCAGUGAAUAAUGGUGGAGAACUCUCCAGCCCCGCUGCCUGAAAGGGCAAUAUAUGGAUUUGCUCUGUUUUUGGGAUCUUGGUUUGGCUUUAUGCUGUAUCUUAUCUGGGCGUACAUCCCUGAGACUUGGCUCUUCUCAUUGGGACUGACAUACUGGCCUCAAAAGUACUGGGCAGUUGCUUUGCCAGCGUAUUUAUUAGUUGCUGUAGGAAUUGGUUAUGUAUUACUUUUUGGUAUUAACAUGAUGAGUACAGCUCCACUUAACUCCACGCAUACUAUUACAGAUAACUAUGCUAAAAAACAGCAACAGAAGAAAUUUCAAGAAGAAGCAAUUCCAGCAUUGCGGGAUAUUCCCAUCAGUGAAGUAAACAGAAUGUUUUUCCUUCCUGAAAAAGGAAUCUGAGGUAGCAGAUAGUGGUUACUAAGACUUGGCUGAAUAAAGGAUUAUGAGGAACAUUACAUAACCUCUCAUUGCUGAAAGAAACCUUCUUCUCAUGGUGUAAUAAAGCUUUUUUUUGUGUGUGUUUUUAACAAAGAUUAUGUGCAUGUAUUUCACGGAUAUGGGUUGGUAGUCUGCAUUAAUAUCAGAAUUAUGGCACAUUAAUUCAUUUUACUGCUUUGUUGAUUUUAAAGUUACAUUAUAUUAGUUGUAGUCUACUACUUGAAAUUUCCCACUCAGAGUAAAAUGGAUGUUUGUACCUGGCUUAACUCUGUCAUUGAGUUCAAGGAAAGCAAAUGUGUUUUGUUUGUCAAAUGCUUGAGGCUUUUUUUUUUUUUUUAAAAUUUAAGUUAAACUGAAGUGUUUACAUUGCAAAUGUACAGUUUUCAUUUGUAAAUAUUAAUAAACUGUAAGUAUUUUUAAGGUUA